CGGUGGACUUGCGCGAGGGUUGAAGGUUGAAGCUGCGCUCGUCGAAGGUAUAUACCUUCUGAGAAGUUCAAGUACCGUGCCAAAUUCGUGCGAAAACAUGUGGAAGGCCUCGGAAAAUUGUCGACGUUCAUCGGGACAGCACGUUUCGAUAAGGAAUAAUGAAAGUUUGGACGUGCGCCUUUCGACGAUUCUCGAGCAAUCGUCGAAACGAUCGUAUGAGGAAUAUUUCGAGGAGAGGUGAAAAACACGCGAAACCAGAAUUAAGUGCAAAAAGAAAGAAAAAGCAUAAAGGAAAGUAAUAAACAGAAUGGCAUGCAACGGCGGGGAUGGAGGAGGAGAGACGAUCAACAACCGGAUACAACCCCCACGGGACGAAAGGAGGCGAUCUCGGUGGCGGUGACGGACGGUGUCGUGCCGCUGAUCGCCGGUGGAGUCUUUCAGUUUCUUUUGGACCGCCGCGAGCGCGGGCAGCGGACGCGAUCGACGUGAUGCGCGUGUGAAAGUUCGCCGUUUGUGCACGCAUCCUCCGCGCGCACGGCGCGGAUACGGAGAUGAGAAGCAGAAGGAUGUGAGAAAGAGAAGGACGGAAAGGGUGCACGGUGUUAUAAUACGUAAACAUUGGCGAACGUGUCGCGCUGAUGUGAAAGUGACUGGCUGCUGACCGUCCGGGUGCCGAUGAUGGAAUGUACGACAAUCGGGUGCUGCGGCAUGUACAUUGAUCCACGUACCCUGGGAAGCUACGAGGUCCGUCGACGACGAAAGCGCAGCUGAUCGAGCAUGCAGCGAUGGUUACUGGCCUUGGACGAGCCUGCAUCCGAUCCGUGCGGUAGCGUCCGAAUGCCACCGAGUGCCGUCGGGGGAUGCGUCCGAGUGCCGGCCUAGCGAGGCGAGUGGCGGUCCCGCGCGAUCCCGGAACCAGGAGUCGGAUCGAUCCCGAAGGUGCGGAGGCCGACAGGCGCGUUUACACCGCGUCUCUCUCACCUACGAUCGAGCCUACAUACGAGAUCGAGUGGAUAAGAUCGGACUUGGCGGACAUUGAAAUUUCGAAAUUCGUGAGCGGCAUCGUAGGCGGCAAGUCAACGGCGUCACGCAAUAAUCCACGAAGAUGUUACAGAACGUCGACCAGCUCCGGUUACUCGAGCCACUCGCCGCCGUUGUCGGCCGGCUCGUAUUCCUAUUACGCGUCAGCGUCGACGAGAGAUCCGUCGUACGGCGGCCUGGCGGUGAUUCACGAGAGCGAGGCGAUUCCGCGGCCCAUUUGGCCCUCCGUCAUCUAUCAUCACGCCGAAGAUCGCGGUGGCGAUUACGAAGGUAUUUAUACGUGUCGGGUAUGCGGUUGCACGUAUAACUAUUCGCCACCGCCGCCCGCGCCGCCGCCGACUUCAUCAUCGUCAAGAGCGCGCGAGGUGUUGCUCGAAUUAUCCCAAACCCUCAAUUCUGUGAUAGACGGUAACGUCACGGCGGCACCGGAGGAGAUCUUGCGCGAUAUCUCGCGGAUCGUCUCUCUGGAGAUCGGCACGAGGAACGACAACGUGUACGAGUACGUUCGCCCACCCUGGGCUUUCAACGAUAAGAAUUCAUCGAUAUGGCCGAGCUGUUUAAAGAACGUGCCAUCGAGAGUGAAUCCAAUCAACUCGAAACUCUACGUCAGCCCUCGUUGCCUCUACGGGUACAACUCGGCGCGGUCCGCGCCGUCGCUCAAGAACGACAGGACGACGAGACGCGAAGGCGACAGCGAGACGAGAAGGAGCUCCGGCCUCGCGAGAAAGAAGCCUUGCGAAACCGAGUCGAAGUAUUCGACGCAGCUGGAGUGCAGCGACGUCGGGUCGUCCGCCGAAGAAACGAUCGCCUCGUCGACCGCGAACGGUUGGAAUCGUCGCUUGGCCGUUCGUGGCUUGGGAGAGGAUUUUGAUUUCACGCUCGACGUGACGCAGGCCGAGCGUCUAGGCCGGAUGAUCGCGAGAGCGAAACGGAAGCGGCAAUGGUGCAGAGCCAUGACCACUCUCUUCGGUCUGGUUUUCUUCGUGUUGAGCGUCGUCGUCGUCUCGUUAUCCGUAACGAGGGGUCGCAAGGUGUUUGGAAGCAUGUAAGAGUCAAAUGGAAAGAACUUAUCCGCGAUCUAAUGUUCAUCCGAGAGUAUACUUACUCGCAUGAAGGAACUGAUUCGUCGGGUUGACGAAUCUCGGUUCAACUUACUUUAUCUUUUUUCUAAUUUUUAGAACUAGAAAAAGAUAAAAAGUAAGUUUAAAAAAUCGAGAUUAAAGUGAAAUAGACAUGAAAACACAUUAAAUAUUUCAGCAGCUCUUACCACAAAUAUUUUGCGAUACAGAUACUCUCGUUUCGUAAUAUAUCUCUUUCAGUACCUUAUAACAUAUAUAAAUAUAA